AUGCCGGUCAAAAACGAUGCGAGUGAUGCUACCCUCAAAAAGCGGUCCGGAAUUCGCUCAUCAUCAUCUCCAGCAGCGCCGAGAAAGCAAGCUUCCAGCAAGAAAACGUCAGAAACCGAAACCAAACCGAAGUUGCUAUCGCGAGUGACUUCCCCAUGGCGUUUACUCUCGUGGGCAUGUUCGGCAGCCCUGUUCGUACUAGCAUAUCUCACCUACAAGAACAACGGUCAGCUACCUCUGCAUCUCAUUAGCAGAUCAUCACUGUCAGAUCAUCAGCAGCAUCAGCCUUUACGGCAACAUGACUCCGAUACCGUCGCAAGAGACACGUGGGGAGCUCCACGGAAGCCUUUCACCAGUUCGAACAAAAGAGAGCCCUCGCUGCUUUACCCAUUACCACCGACACGACCGCUUCCCGAGCAGCCAUUGCGCCAUGCUGACCAAUACAGGCGCGACGCCAUUUUGAACGCCUUCAAUCACUCUUGGUCUGCCUACAAACGAGACGCAUGGGGCUACGACGAGUACCACCCCAUCAGCAAGCAUGGUUCAAACCUUAGCGGAAAGCAAGGCCAAGGCAUUGGCUACACCAUCGUUGACACGCUCGACACGCUCAUCCUUAUGGGCCUCAAGGACGAGUAUGAGCGAGCUCGUGAAUGGGUUGCAGAAGAGCUAAACUGGAAUGUUGCAGGACGAAUGAACGUGUUUGAAACUACGAUUCGCACGCUCGGCGGUUUGCUAUCUGCGGCGGCGUUGAUAAGAGACCCUCCGCAUGCUGCGUUCGCAGCUAACGAGGAGGAUGCAAACAUGUUUAUCGGAAAAGCCGUGGAACUCGCAGAGCGUCUCAAGCCUGCAUUUGAUACCCCCUCGGGUGUGCCGUUGCGCGAAGUCGAUCUGCAAACGGGUGAAGCGUUCCCUGAUCUCAACAACAACAACUCGUCCAGCCUUGCCGAAGCGACAACGGUUCAACUCGAAUUCAAGUACCUCGCGCAUCUCACCGGAGAGAUGGAAUACUGGCGUAUCGCAGAACGACCCAUGCAAGUCGUGCGCGACGCCACGCAGCGGUUGCCACACUACCAAGGUGUACUGCCCAUCUUUUUGGACCCGAUGACUGGCCAUUUUUACAACGGAGAGGUGCGACUCGGCUCUCGUGGCGAUUCAUACUACGAAUACCUCAUCAAGCAAUGGUUGCAGACCGGUCGAACCGAGAAGGUCUACCGAGACAUGUACGACAAUGCGUUGCGCGGGAUCAAGCGUUUGUUGACCAAGCCAUCCAUUCACUCGAAACCGCCGUUGAUGUUUACCAUCGAGCUAGCACCAAGGAGAUCGGCAGACGGUCGACCGUAUAUGCAGCUUGUGCCCAAGCAAGACCACCUCGUCUGCUUUCUGGGCGGAUCCAUGAUGCUCGGCUCCACUUCGACGCACGACAUUUUCGGUGACACAGCCAAACGACCUCUGCCUCCCAUCUCUGACCUUGGUAUAGGCGACGAGACGGACAAAGAAGACUGGCGAUUGGGUCACGAAUUUGUGCGCACAUGUAUGGACACCUACACGAAAACAAAGACGGGUCUCUCUCCCGAAAUCGUGUUUUUCAAAACGCCUCAAGAUGCUAACCUGACCGAUGCGCAGAUGCUUGCCUCGAACCGGGCGCCCAUCCCAGCCAAUGUCGACUGGUACAUCAAGAAACCUCCGCCCUCGUACUCGCACCGGCCAAACCCACUCAUCGAUUCGCGCAACAUCCUGCGUCCCGAAACGGUCGAAUCGCUCUUUAUCGGCUUCAGCCUCACCGGCGAUCCCAUCUACCGCGAAUGGGGAUGGCAAAUCUUCCAAGCUUUCGAAACGCACUGCAAAGUAGAAACCGGAGGCUAUUCGAGCAUUGACGAUGUAGACGCGGACGAACCUGCUAAGGUGGACAAGAUGGAGACAUUUUGGUUGUCCGAAACGCUCAAGUAUCUGUAUCUGUUGUUUGAGGACAGAGAUCUGUUGCCGUUGAACAAGUGGGUACUCAAUACCGAGGCUCAUCCGUUGCCUGUUUUCGAGCCAGUCUUUGCCACUGGUCUUAUCUAG